AUGGUCCCGUGCGUCUCCUCCACCUCUCAAUUUCUUUUCUUUCCUUCAUGUCCAUACACCACCAUCCAAAGAAUCAACAGCUGUGCUCAGAUGAGCAACACAGAAAAAGCAAUGAAACUAAAGUGAAAGAAGCAUCCAAAAAGAGAGAUACUAGUCUAUUUUGCUCAAAGCUAGCAUUUCCCCACUUGCACUCAACACAAAAUCUGUGAUUUACCACAAUCAUUUCAUGUGAGUCAUUAAAGACAAAGGUAGAUAAAGCCUACUCUAUGUCUAUAUAAACCAGUACUCUCUUCUACGUAUCUGCAAGUCUCUGGCAAACUAUCUCUCGUAUUACUCUUCAUCAACCUUAUCACUUCACCAGAGCUAGCCAUAAGAUGAAGCUACUCUUGAUUUUUAUCUCCAUCCUGCUCAUUCAGGCUUUUGUAGGGAAUUCAUUCCUUAGCAACGCUGCAAAUUCUCCAGCUAAUAUGGAUGAAGAAAGCGAUGUGGUAGCUAUUGAUAAGAAACAUUAUCCUAAAAGAAUCAAUUGUGGUUAUUUAUGCGCAAGGAGAUGCAGGGCAUCGUCAAGAAAGAAUGUAUGCCACAGAGCAUGCAAAACUUGCUGCAACAGAUGCCGGUGUGUUCCACCAGGUACCUAUGGCAACAAGAGUGCAUGCCCAUGUUAUGCAAGCCUUAGGACCCAUGGAAACAAGCCCAAGUGCCCUUAAAUUUCAUGCAACUAUUUAGUUCCUGGUGUGCAGGACAUCCUAAUGUCUUUUGAAUGUUGAUUCUACUAUUUCCUAGCUGGUUAAUCUAUGUGUUACCUAAUAAGGGGAUAAAAUCAAGCUAUGCUUGAGGAUUUUUAACGCCUCAUCGAGAGGAAUUUGUUCUGGUUAUAAUUAAGUAAUUAUAUAUUUUGUCUCCAUCUUUAUACUCAGUAUGUAUUUUGUCAAAUUCUGUUCGAACCUCUCUGCUCUUUUUCUUUCUGAUUAGUGAAAUAGGAUAAAGGCAAAGAUUCUGCACUUCCUUGGGGAAAAAGGAAAAACAUUAAAAAGCACUGGUAAGGUGGUUACCUCAAUUUAGGUGGCUAUUAUGAAUGCAUAAUAGCCCUAAUCUAAUUGAGUUUGUUCCUUUCUUUAUAAUAUGAGAGCAAGUCACAGUCACAUUUAUUA